CACCGUUCGUGCCUUCACUAGAAUUAUGGGAGCGUUAGACCACUCGCAAGGGAGUGACAAGCGGCGUGCGCCGGAUCUUCCAUUUUGCAGCGGACAUCGCCUAUACCGAUCUCCUUGACCGGUAAUAUUCAGGCUCGAUUUUUGAGCUACGCAGGGAUAUGUUGCUUCCCAGUCUGACAGAAAUGCACAUUUGAUUAGUAAACUUGUUUGUAGCCUUGUUCGCGAGUGGGGGCUUGUUGCGAGGCCAGGAUUUCCCAUGCACAUUGCACCUAGAUUUGAGAGACACGAAGAGAUGAGAGAUGAGGUGAGACGAGAUGGAGCGGGUGUAACGUGUGCAUAUCCAACACCAAACGAGCAGGCAAAAUCCCCGCAGACGCGCAUCAUUCUCGUAAGAAACGGUUCCGUUUUGGAGUGUAUCAGGGCCACCGCGACCGCACACCGCUUCUGGUUGAAGUCGGCCGCCAUUUCAAGUUUCCUCUUUGGGCAUCUCACCUUAUCUCACCUAAACCGCCCACGCAUAUUCCUUCUCACUUGUUAUUGAAGUGCAGAGACCAUCCACUAUGGAUGCACUCAUACCAUAUAGAAUGUCAGACUCAAUAUCGAGGCCACCGAUACGCUAUCAUCUAUUUUAGGAACAUCCAAUACGCGAGCACAUAGAAUCGUAUCCAAACCCCCCGACAAUCUAAUCCCCCAAAUCCAGAACAAGGACGAUAUAUAUCCGGCUACGCCAAAAGUAAGCAAGGCGAGCAACAAGACAAUUGCGCAGCAGCGUACACGCAAGGUAAGCAGCGACAUCAUACACAUCGAUGCAAUAAACACUUGCAUUAUCGAUCGUCGUCCGCUGCC